GAGUGCAGUACCGUAGAAGAACUUGAAGAUUUGCUGCAUAGAGGACGGCGGCAAUGGCGUACCUGAGCAUGGGAGAGGCUCAUAGAAGAAUCACUGAGUACUUGAAUCGAUUUUCGGACUCUGUUUCCUCUCAAGAUGGAGUUUCUCUCAAAUCUCUUCUCGCCCUCUCCUCCAAUUCCCCCAAUCUUCUCGCUCUCGCCGACUCUCUCAAUGUUUUCCAGGAUGCCAAUAGAUUGAUCAGACAAUCGGAUAGAUAUUCUCAGUUUGGAGAAAUGUUGGUGAAUUUCUUUCGUGCGUUGCAGUGUUACCGUCUUGGGAAUUUGGUGGAUGCUUAUCAAGCUUUUGAAAAAUUCGCCAACGCUUUCACUCAGGAAUUUCGGUCUUGGGAUUCAGCUUGGGCGUUGGAAGCAUUGUAUGUAGUUGCUUACGAGAUUAGGAUCAUAGCAGAGAGGGCUGACAGAGAGCUGGCUUCGAAUGGAAAAUCGCCGGAAAAGUUGAAAGGAGCUGGCUCAUUUCUCAUGAAAGUGUUUGGGGUUCUUGCCGGAAAAGGCCCUAAACGUGUUGGAGCAUUGUAUGUCACUUGCCAGUUGUUCAAGAUAUACUUUAAGCUUGGUACUGUGCACCUGUGCCGUAGUGUGAUAAGGAGCAUUGAAACAGCUCGAAUAUUUGACUUUGAGGAGUUUCCUAAAAGAGACAGGGUGACCUACAUGUAUUAUACAGGCCGUCUGGAAGUUUUCAACGAGAAUUUCCCUGCUGCUGAUCAAAAGUUAUCAUACGCCUUGAUGCAUUGCAACCCUCAAAGAGAAUCUAAUAUAAGAAUGAUAUUAAAGUAUCUAAUACCUGUGAAGCUUUCUAUGGGGAUAUUACCUACCAAGUCGCUUCUUGAGAAGUACAACCUUUUUGAGUAUGAAAAUGUUGUGCAAGCUCUUAAAAGAGGUGAUCCUAGGCUUCUGCGACAUGCUCUUCAAGAGCAUGAAGAUCAGUUCUUAAGAUCAGGGGUGUAUCUCGUCUUAGAGAAGUUGGAACUCCAAGUUUACCAAAGAUUGGUGAAGAAAAUAUACUUUAUACAAAGGCAAAAGGAUCCAAACAAAGCUCACCAAAUCAAAUUAGAAGUAAUUGUAAAAGCUUUACAAUGGUUGGAAGUAGACAUGGACAUCGAUGAGGUAGAGUGCAUCAUGGCCAUACUCAUAAAUAAGAGUCUGGUGAAAGGUUACUUCGCUCACAAGAGCAAAGUUGCAGUGGUAAGCAAACAAGAUCCUUUUCCUCGACUCAAUGGAAAACCAGUUGGCUCAUGAAACAAUUUUUUUUUUUUUGAAGAAAAAGGUUGUUUCUAUAGCCACGCAGUUGUAAGAGUGUAUCAUUUGCUCUGACACCUAAUCCAAAAAAAAAAAAAAAAAAAAAAAAAGAACAUAUUUUGGACGACAGAGAUGAAUCAAUAUUACGGCAUUUUUGUAUUUCAAAAGAGUGUGUAGAGUGCACAACCCACAAGUGAAAACUGUCAUUUGUUUAACAUCUGUAUUCUAUUUCAAGAAAUGAAUGACAUCUGUUAGUUGGUUCUUA